UCCUGUGGAGGAGGCUUGUGUCAGGUUAUGUUGGCCACUAAUUUGACACACACACUUACAUACACACACACACUCAAGCUCAUGCAUAGACAGCCAGCCAGCCUGAGAGCAUGAAGAAAAUGAGUGUCACCUUUUAUGUUCUUACAAUCUUUGGAACCCUGCUGGUUCCAAUGGUUUCUAUGGGUGAGGACACAAGCUCUGACAUCCAGGACACGAGCUCUGGCAUCCAAAACAAGAGCUCUGACAUCCAGAACACAAGCUCUGUCAUCCAGAACAAGAGCUCUGACAUCCAGAACACGAGCUCUGACAUCCAGAACACAAGCUCUGACAUCCAGAACACAAGCUCUGACAUCCAGAACACAAGCUCUGAGACCCAAAACACGAGCUUUGUUAAUAAAAGUCACUCAGAGGAUGUGGACAAUGUAACAAAUGCAUUUGAUCCUAACAUAACCAAAGCUGAAAACUCUACGGCCUUAAGCACUCAGGUGCCACCAACGAAAGAAUACCCAUCAAACAAUCCAUCUGAUGUUGAUAUAACAACCAAGAAAACAGGAGAUGUGAACAGAACUACAAUGAAAAGCACCACCACCAAAGAGCCUAAUGAAGAAUCACCAAGAUCAUCAGUGUAUAUCUUUGUCUUGCUCUUUGUCAUUUUGGCCGUUGCUGUUCUUGGCAUCAUCUUCUUCUGUGUUAAAAGUAAUCGCAAGAGGUUCUCUGUAGAUAUACAUGACAAACAUGAGGAUGCUCAGAUUCCACUUGCCUCAGUAGAGCAGGAAAUGUGUGAAAGCUCAUCUAAAGGUGCAGACAUGAAAACAUUUACCACUGAGGAAUCUUCACCGACUGACAACAUAGAGGAGACUGAAGAACAAAAAGCCCCAACUGAAGGUGAUAAACAGACUAAGGAAAGUCCAGCUCAGUCUGAAGCCCCUGCUGAGAAGCCGGCAGGGUCGACAAUCGAGGAUGACGCAGCCUCCAAUAAAACCUCUAUGGAGACUCUGGAUGAUGUUCUUAAUGAGAACAACAGCAACAACAACAAUGCAGUGAGUGAUGUUAGUGUGUGCUUCAUUGAUAUCUGCCUUAACGACUAGAUCUAAGAUAGUAUGAGGAUGAAAAUGCAAUGAUGAAGCAGGACUGUCUUACCGAACUUACAAAAAGGAUGCAAAAAUAAAGCACAUAAUCUAUAUGGCCAAAACACCUGACUACACUCCUAUAUGUGCAUUUAUUACCUUAUGCAUUUUAUUAAAAAAUAAUAAUAAUAAAAAAUAAUAAAAAAAACUUUGACACUUUUUCAUUGUAACUUUGAACAAUGUUUUAAACUUAAGUAUGUAACCUAGUGAACCAGCAUGAAUGUAUCCAAUGAUAGAGAUUUAAGCACUUACUGUAUGUACUUCGCUCUGGAUAAGGGCGUCUGCCAAAUGCUGUAAAUGUAAAUAUAUGUUGCUCUUCCUCAAAGAUUUGCCACAAAUCUGAAAUCCACAAAUGUUUAGAAUGUCUUUACAUGCUGUUGCAUUAUUAUUAUUUUUUUGCUGGAAAUAUGAGGCUCAAACCUGUUCCAGCAUGACAAUGUCACUGUGCACAAAGCAAGCUCAAAGUGACUCAACCCCACUGAACACGGUUGUGAUCAAUUGAAACAUCAACCUCUUCUACGCCUCCUCACCCAAUAUCAGUCCCUGAUGUCCUGCACUCUUAUACCUGAAGGAGCACAAAUUGCCAAUACUUACAGUAUGUGUCCCACAUUUGACUUGUUGUGUCAAAAGUGUUUGUCUUUUGUUUUAGUAUGUUUGUACAUAACGCCCAUUUCCAAAAAUAAUAGAUUUAUAAAAAAUGAAUGAACUCUUUUAAACUUAAAGUUGAAAGUGGAGGUCUUUAUGUUUAUCAUACAAUGUAUUUUUUUAUAUUGUAUGCACAUAAAUGUUAUAUUCUGAAAAUAUCCUUUAACUGUAUAGCUACUGUAUUUUAGAGGUUAUUGUUUCACACCUAGGUAAAUUGUAUGCAAAAAUGUAUUAUGUCUCUCAAACCUGGGUUUGGGUAAGCUUACUUGAUCAGACUUGUUUCACUUUUUAUGCACUUUGUUCAUCUGCAAUUUAUAGUUAAAUAAAAUAAAACAUGAUGGGUUGAUAUGA